CGCAGUUUACACAACAGCACGCUCAUUUUCCAUUAUCAGCCUCAAAAGACUCUCUCUCUCUCUCUCUCUCUCUCUAGAAGAAUCCAUCUGCAAAAGGUUCUCCACUGAUCUACCCUCGGGCCUCAGCUUAGAGGAAGAUGGGCAGGCAUGGAAGUCGAACACUUUAUGUGGGUAAUCUUCCUGGGGAUACUCGUGAGAGAGAAGUAGAAGAUAUAUUUUACAAGUAUGGACCUAUAGUUGACAUUGAUUUGAAGAUUCCGCCAAGACCUCCAGGGUACGCAUUUGUUGAGUUUGAAGACGUUCGUGAUGCUGAAGAUGCCAUUCGUGGUCGUGAUGGUUAUAACUUUGAUGGACAUCGAUUACGAGUUGAGUUUGCUCAUGGUGGGCGGGGUUAUUCAUCAUCAAUGGAUCAGUAUAGCAGUUACAGUGGAGGACGGGGACAUUCAUAUGGCAGUUACAGUGAUGGUGGUAGCCGUGGAGUUUCUAGGCACUCUGAAUAUCGGGUUAUGGUCACUGGAUUACCUUCCUCUGCAUCUUGGCAAGACCUAAAGGACCACAUGCGCCAAGCUGGAGAUGUUAGCUUCUCACAAGUGUUCCGUGGUCGCCAUGGUGUCUAUGGAGUUGUAGAUUACACAAACCAUGAGGAUAUGAAAUAUGCAAUCAGGAAACUUGACGAUUCUGAAUUUAGGAAUGCAUUUUCUCGAUCUUAUGUCCGGGUGAGGGAGUAUGAUUCCAGAAGGAGCUUAUCCAGGAGUUACAGUCGUAGUGUAUCUAGGUCAAGAAGCAGAAGUUUGAGCCGCAGCCAUAGCUAUGAUAGCAGGAGCAGAAGCAAGUCUCCAAGGGCUAAAUAUUUACACCGUUCAUUAUCUAGAUCUCGAUCAAUGUCUGUUGCCUCGCGUUCCUUUUCAGGGUCAUCUUCUCGUACUUCCUUAAGAUAUGGCUUUUUGCGGCAGUCUGGAAUUGCAUGUUAGGAACUUCUUGGGACAUGGUGCUCUGAUGCCUGCAACUCUUUAGGUUGUGGAGGUAUGCUGUUUUGUCAAUGAGCACCUUGAGAAAAACAUAAUGAUAACCUUGCUUACAUUAUUUUAGACAUGAGCAUGCCAUCCAGAGCUAGACUGGGACAGUGAAGAUGGUUGCAAUUCUAAAGCUGGAUAAGCAGGAAGUGUUGAAUUAAGUGCCACCGGAACCAAGUGCCCCAAACAUGCUGGAUGGUGGUAUAAAUAAAAUUUAAAAUUUACUUCAACAAUGUCACACUAUUAAAUCUUGCAUUCGGGAACCUUUGUAGCCUCUCUUCCUCUAGUACCAUCGAAUCUAAUGGUUCACUUUGGUUAUUUUUUCUUCUUUUAUUUGGUCGUUUGAGUUCUUGGAACCUGCAAUCAUCGCUUUCGCGAUGAGGCAGUUAAGAUUCUAAUAAUUGAGGUCAACACUUUUACCAUUUUAUGCUGCUAAAAAGGAUUUAUGGAACUCUUGGUUUUUCUUUUGAUAUUACAAGUCCUUGUGUGGUGGCACCUGUGCCAAGACUUCCAUUUAGCAGAGGCAUGACACUAGUCUGUUUAUUGCUUCUAGAGUUAUAUGGUUGUUUCUCUUUUUCCUUCUAAUUUUGAUUGUUGGGAUUCUUGCUGUGGGAAUGGUGCUGGGGCCUUUGGGUCAAUGGGCCUGAAAUAUUGUGGAUAAUAAGCUGAAUU